GACGGAGCGCGGGAGGACGCUCUAGCCACCCAGGAGACAGCGAAAGUCUUCCUAGGCCUUGCAGGACCCGUAGCGGAUUCGGAAGGGCCGGGGCCUGAGGAGAAAGGGCGGGGACUCAACGCGCCUAAGGAGGUAACAUCCGGGAUCCUCGCCACUCGGGGGCGGGGGCUGGCAAGCGGAGAGGGGCGGGGCUCGGUCCCGGGACCCGAAGCUGGAAGCCCCGGCGACCGAGCGGGAGCCGUAGCCCUCCUCAAGCUGCCGCCUCCUGCCGUUUCCUGGGGCUGCGCGGGGCUUCUUCUGGCGCCGCUGCGGGGCCGGAGGGCGGUUCGUCGGGCGCAGGUUUCCUAAAAGACAGAAAAAAUGGAGGAAUCUGUACACCAAAUGCAACCACUAAAUGAGAAGCAGAUAGCCAAUUCUGAGGAUGGAUACGUGUGGCAAGUCACUGACAUGAAUCGACUACACCGGUUCUUGUGUUUUGGCUCUGAAGGUGGGACUUACUAUAUCAAGGAACAGAAGCUGGGCCUUGAAAAUGCUGAAGCUUUAAUUAGAUUGAUUGAAGAUGGCAGAGGAUGUGAAGUGAUACAGGAAAUAAAGUCGUUUAGUCAAGAAGGCAGAACCGCAAAGCAAGAGCCUAUGCUCUUUGCACUUGCUGUUUGUUCCCAGUGCUCUGACAUAAGCACAAAGCAAGCAGCAUUUAAAGCUGUUUCUGAAGUUUGUCGCAUUCCUACCCAUCUCUUUACUUUUAUCCAGUUUAAGAAAGAUUUGAAGGAGAGCAUGAAAUGUGGCAUGUGGGGUCGUGCCCUCCGGAAGGCUAUAGCUGACUGGUACAAUGAGAAGGGUGGCAUGGCCCUUGCUCUGGCAGUUACAAAAUAUAAACAAAGAAAUGGCUGGUCUCACAAAGAUUUAUUAAGAUUGUCACAUCUUAAACCUUCCAGUGAAGGACUUGCAAUUGUGACCAAAUAUAUUACAAAGGGCUGGAAAGAAGUCCAUGAAUUGUAUAAAGAAAAAGCACUUUCUGUGGAGACUGAAAAAUUGUUAAAAUAUCUGGAGGCUGUAGAGAAAGUGAAGCGCACAAAAGAUGAACUGGAAGUCAUUCACCUAAUAGAAGAACAUAGAUUAGUUAGAGAACAUCUUCUAACAAAUCACUUAAAGUCUAAAGAGGUAUGGAAGGCUUUGUUACAAGAAAUGCCUCUUACUGCGUUACUAAGGAAUCUAGGAAAGAUGACUGCUAAUUCAGUGCUUGAACCAGGAAAUUCAGAAGUAUACUUAGUAUGUGAGAAACUGUGUAAUGAAAAACUAUUAAAAAAGGCUCGUAUACAUCCAUUUCAUAUUUUGAUUGCAUUAGAAACUUACAAGACAGGUCAUGGGCUGAGAGGAAAACUGAAGUGGCACCCUGAUGAAGAAAUUUUGAAAGCGUUGGAUGCUGCUUUUUAUAAAACGUUUAAGACAGUUGAGCCAACUGGAAAACGUUUCUUACUAGCUGUUGAUGUCAGUGCUUCUAUGAACCAAAGAGUUUUGGGUAGCAUACUCAAUGCUAGUACAGUUGCUGCAGCAAUGUGCAUGGUUGUCACACGAACAGAAAAAGAUUCUUACGUAGUUGCUUUUUCAGAUGACAUGGUACCAUGUCCAUUGACUACAGAUAUGACCUUAGAACAGGUUCUAAUGACUAUGAGUCAGAUCCCAGCAGGUGGAACUGAUUGUACUCUUCCAAUUGUCUGGGCUCAACAGACAAAUACAGCUGCUGAUGUCUUCAUUGUAUUCACUGAUAACGAAACCUUUGCUGGGGGUCUCCAUCCUGCUGUUGCUCUGAAGGAGUACCGAAAGAAAAUGGACAUUCCAGCUAAAUUGAUUGUUUGUGGAAUGACAUCAAAUGGUUUUACCGUUGCAGACCCAGAUGAUAGAGGCAUGUUGGAUGUGUGUGGCUUUGAUACUGGAGCACUGGAUGUAAUUCGAAAUUUUACAUUAGAUGUGAUUUAAAGAUAAGCACCAGCAUAAUAUAAGAGGUCCGUUGCCCUCAGUGAUCUCCCUAAACAAACAGCUACUCCGUUAAUCUCAGUCUGAUGAAAAAUGAUGAUAUAGUAUGCGCCUAAUGGAAAGUUACCUUAGCAAAAAAAAAAAAAAAGGAAGGAAAAAUAAAAGAUGAUAAGCCCAAAGUUCUAUCUACUAAACUAGCUCUUGGGAAAUAGCUUCAGGACUGUAGCUUCCUCUAUAUAAUAGAGAACUUUUUGUUACUAGACACUGUAAAAAUAGUUUUGCUUUGGUGAAUAAUACAUUUAUACUUAAAAGAGGUGAGAGCCAAAAGUGUAAUAACACAUCAUGUCACUUGUUUGAGAAGUGCUUAACAUUUUUAAAAAUGUUUUCAUUGGGAAAGGACAGCUUUGAUAAUGUCCAAAUAUUCUGAAAUGCACUAGACCAUAUAACUGUGAUGGAAUAUGAAACUCAUCUGUAAUCUUUUAUACCAAGGUGGUCAAAAAACUGACAUUUAACUAAAUUAUAAAUGAGUUUUACAGAUUCCUUUCAUAGUUUUCUAAGAUCACAUAAAUAACAGCUUUCUUAUUCAGUGAAAGAUGUUUUAUUUGUGAUGUUUUAUUUGCACUUGUAGAGUAUGUUACCAUUAACCAGAAACAUAAUGACAACUCCUAAAAAGAGAUACUAAAGUUGUGUUGGCUGAGGAAUUCUAUUUUGUUUACUGCCUUUGCUUUGUCAUAUUUUAUUGCCAUGAGUGACGAAUGACUUGACAAUAAUGAUUUCCUCUGAAUUAUAACACAGCCAGAUAUACACAUUCUUUUUGUCUUAUUCUUCAAUGAAAAUAACAUUAAAUGUUUCAAGCACUUAACUUCCCCCAUUCAUAAUAUUGAAAGUUUAAUAAACAAAAUCUCAACUGUAACCAGAUUAGCUUUUUCCUUAUUUUAAAGUAAAAAUUGUUUUAAUUGCUUUAAACUAAUUUUUUAGUCAAUUGUAAAUGGGUUUUAGAUAUUUUUACAUUGUAAACAUGUCAGUGGUGUCCUUUUUGUCCAUUAUUCAUUUUGUGGCUAAAUAUUCUUUUCUGAUAGUGUAAAGAAAUAAUAUAGCAAGCUAAGUCCUUCAGGUUUGAAAGGCAAUUUUUGAGUAGCAUACUACCAUCUAAACAGUCUGUAGUAAUUUAUUUUCCAACUUGUGUGUAUUAAACUUCCGUUUCAUUACACUGAAGUGCAUUAUUUUAUUGAGCAAGCAUCCCUUCUUUAUUGUGAGGUUUAACAUUAAAGCAAUCUUGAAAUGCCA